AUGAUUUGCUCGUCGUUCAUUCAAGGGGUCCACGAAUCCAAUUCUUACGACGGGAAAUCGCACCUUACCGUUGAGGCCUACGACGCAAACGACAGACUUGUCAAGUAUUGUCACGUUGAUGCUGUCAAUCCCAUCUUGGGUGAGAUCUUUGAUCCAGAUGAUAAAUCGUACAAAAAGCGCGGUCAGAUUCGCCCCGCAAUCGAAGAAUUGGAGGAGAUUGAAAUGCACGAUAUUGAGGUCCAGAUCAAUGUCGAUGACUGA